CCAGGAGGCCGCUGUGAGAGGUGCCCAUCUUGCUCGGUUUGUUGUGGUCGUCAUGGGGAUUGGGAGCUGGAUGGAGCUUGCUGCUGCUGGUGAGGUGGGAGUGGGGAAAAUGCAGCUGGUGUUGUACCUGAUUGCCCUGGGGAGGGUCGUCGAAGAAAUUCAACGUGUCCCCCUGCCGAGACGCACCAGCGGUUGCGGUGGCGGCAAUCGAGAGAAAAAAACAUGGUCGUAUGCAUAUCUACUGCAGCGGCGGCGGCAUCACGUACUGCGAAGAAAAGUUCAUGGCGGCGAGAACAAAAGAGGCUGCUUCAAAAAACGUUGCAUGGUUCGUUCACCAGCAGGUAUACCACACUCGUUGCUGGAGUUCUAGAACAACCUUGUUACGUGUUUCGUUUUU